CCGGAGCAGGAAGCGCGGACACGGCGGCGGCAGCCCGCGGCUCUCUGUCGGAGAAAACAGCCUCUCAGGCGGCUCGCUGCUCUCAGCCCGGGCCGCACAGCCUCUCAGCGGCUCCCCCUGCGCGCAGCGGCCGGUCAGGUCUCGGUGACGGUUCCCCUCGGCUCAUGUCCGCCGCGGCCGCCGAGUGAGGACGAGCUAGCUGCAAGGCUAACAGCUAGCUGCUGCUGCUAGCCGCCGAAACACUCCAGAGUGUGUGUGUGUGUGUGUGUGUGUGCAUGGGUCAGCCAUGAGCGGCGAGCCGGACGCGCUGGCCGUGGUCAACCAGCUGAGGGAUCUGGCGGCCGAUCCCAUGAACCGCAGGGCCAUCGUGCAGGACCAGGGCUGCCUGCCGGGCCUCAUCCUGUUCCUGGACCAUCCCAACCCCCAGGUGGUCUACUCCGCCCUGCUGGCCAUCCGCUACCUGGCCGAGUGCCGAGCCAACCGGGAGAAGAUGAAGGGCGAGCUGGGCAUGAUGCUGAGUCUGCAGAACGUCAUGCAGAAGACGACCACGCCGGGGGAAACCAAGCUGCUGGCCUCCGAGAUCUACGAGCUCCUGCAGGCGUCCAGCGACGCCGACGCCGAGCCGGCGGAGGAGGCCGCCACGAGCCGCCGCAAAGCCCAGUUCUUCCUGGGAUCGACCAACAAGAGAGCCAAGACGGUGGUGCUGCACAUCGACGGCCUCGACGACUCGAGCCGGAGGAGUCUGUGCGAGGAGGCGCUGCUGAAGAUCAGAGGCGUCAUCAGCUUCACCUUCCAGAUGGCCGUCAAGAGGUGCAUCGUCCGGAUCCGCUCGGACCUGAAGGCGGAGGCUCUGGCGUCUGCCAUCGCCUCCACCCAGGUGAUGAAAGCCCAGCAGGUGGUCAAAGGAGAAAACGGAGACGAGGUGCUGAUCCCGUUUGCGGAGGGCGGCUCGGUGGAGGUGGAGGAGAACGUGGACCUGCCGGACUACCUGCCCGAGGAGGAGAGCCCGUCACAGGAGCCCGACAAGGCCGUGAGCCGCGUCGGCCCGGGCCAGGACGGAUCCAGCUGGCUGGGCGCCGCCGCCAACUUCCUGUCCCGCUCCUUCUACUGGUGACCCCGCGGGGCCACCGUACCGGGCGGGCGCUCCCCUCCCACCCCCCUCCGACUGUGGACACAACCAAAAACUGCCAGCUGCCAAACCCCAACAGCUGGAGCGCCAACACGCCUGGCACAACAUGGCUUCCAACAGUGUGUAUCAUCCGUACACACACACACACACACACACACACACACACCAUAACUGUUUGUGUACAGUACGCAUCACACUCUUAUUUAAACAAACACAUCACCAUGACGACCGACCGAGAGGAGGAGCAGCGUGUCCGUGGAGACGCCGGGACGUCCUCUCCGGAAACGGGUCCGUCUGUGUUACAAACCAAAUCGUCUCAGCGGACAGAACGAGCGCCGCGUCGGUAUUAAGACUCCACCCCCUGUACCCCCUUCCCCCCCCCCCGCCCCCCCGUCAGGAAGAGGAAACGCCCCCAAAGUGUCCAGCAGGAGCAGACUGAGGCGGCUGAGGCGGAGACGAGGAGCAGAGCCGUCCCCUCUCCUCCCUCUGCUCGCUGCUCGGCUCGCGCUUCUCCAGUUUGCUGUGUGACAGGACCUGCAGUAGUCGGUGUGUGUGUGUGUGUGUGUGUGUGUGUGUGUGUGUGUGUGUGUGUGUGUGUGUGUGUGUGCAGUUCGCUGUGCCUUUGGUUUCGCUGGCCCGUCCAGAGACAAAACCAAACCCACCACCUCGUCUUGGCGUGGCUCCGUGUGACGCUCAGCCAGGCCGGGGGUUCUCCUUCUCUUUUGGGAAAUAUUUUCUCUGCCACGCGGCCGCUGAGCAGUGCGUCAAAAAGAGAGAGAGGGCAAAUUCCUCUCAGCAGAAACAUCAACCUGAUGCUGAGCAGAUUCUCUUGUUUCUGUUUCUGCUUCUUCUUCUCUUCUUCCUCCUCGUUUCCUGGAUUUGUUUUGUCACGUGACCUUCAGGAGACCCAGAGGGAGAACAUGGGAUUUAUCAAACUCACAUUUACAGUUUUAUUGAUGUUAUUAUAGCAGAGGCUGAUUAUAAUAGGAAUUAUUUUUUUUUAAUUCUCACGUACGCCCUGCAGUACUGCAGCGUACCCCUAGGGGGACGCGGACCCCCAUUUGAGAACCACUGAGCCUGAAGGCCGUGAGGCGUCGGCCCCUGGAUCCACCAGCUGACGGCCUCUGUUCGCUGUGGAAGCACGGCGCCCCCUGCCUGUGCUGUGGUGCACAGCAGGCGUCCUGACUGACCCCUCCCUCAGUGACCAGAACGUGUCUCGUGUUUAAAGGUGCACGACGCAAAAAUGAGGCUCAGCUGAAAGUGACUCACCUGGGCGAAAAAAAACUUGGAACAAACACAAAGGCUGGAGGUGAGAGCCAUGUAGACUCAGCCAUGAUGUCAUCCUGAUGCAUCUGAGCGGAUGGGGUGAAGAGUGGGAGGUGCAGCGCCGCCUCGCCGCCUCGCUCGCCCGCCAAUCCCACAUUCACACGCCGCCAUUUUUGUUUUCUUGGGACUGAAGCGACAGGAAAACCCUGGUUUCUGUGCGGGCAGGGGUCAGGGGUCAGGGGUCAGGGAGGUGAGGUUUGGGGUUGUUUCUGGAGCCGGUCGUCGUGUUUACAGCGACGCCCUCGUACGAAUGCCUUCACCGACGUUUGGAGUCUCCUGGUUCGGGUCGGGGACUCGGAGCGACGUUACCUGACGAGUCUGGGGACAGGAAGUCAAACUGGGACCAUUUUGCACAGUUUAAUGUCAGGUUCUUAAACCCAAACCUGCCCUGUGUGUGUGUGUGUGUGUCUGUGUGUGUGUGUGUGUGUGUGUGAUCUGAGUCCACAUGGUGGUGAAAUCUCCUCGUUAGUUUCCAUCUUUCAACACUGGAUUUCACUUCCACAGUAAAGAAGCGCCUGAUAGAUCUCACAGAAAGAGAAACAGGUACCAGGACUUUAUCAGUCACACUUUAUUGUGAAAAUCCUAUCAGGUUGUUUCUUCCUGGCGUAAGGAUAUGUGUGGAUGUACCCUGCCGGAUCUACUUUCCAGUUCAAACAGGAAAAGCAAAGAGACGAUUAAUUUCCUCAAAAAAUGGGAACCAGGACGUUGUUGUUUCUACAGUAUUGAUCCAGUCUGUUACACACACACACACACACACACACACACACACACACACACACACACACACACAGAGCAGCUUUGGGUUUAGUAGAGAGCUGCAUCGUGACAUGAGAGCAUGUUGAAUAUGAGCUAAAGACGUUUGAUGUUUCACUGAACGGCUCAAACUCAGUUUGUGAUAUUUUUUAAAUUGUGGAUCAUCGUCUUGCUGCAUUCCCUUUAAUCUUUAAUUUGUUUGCCUUUUUCCUUCAUGCAUGAUUAUCCAAACACAAGUCAAAGAUCAUAUUAUUUUUCUUCUCUGCAUAUGUGAAAAUGAUUAGAGAGUAUUUGGAGGUGCUUUGAGUUUUGUUCCCAGUAAAAGAAAAAAGUGGCUUUUUUUUUUUUUUUUUUUUUAAACGUGGCUGUUGAUGAAAUGCACAGCAGCCGCUCAGACUGCACGUCAGUCCCCUGAUCAAAGCAGACAGUCAAGCCUUUAUGUAAUAUGAACUCGGGCUGGGCGAUUAUGGCAAAAAUCAAAAUCACGAUUAAUUGAACAAUAAACCUUGAUUACGAUUAAUAAACGAUUAUUCUUACCCCCCCACCUCUCCCGUCAAUUUAAAACAAAUCACUGAAAGGAGCACACAAACACACACAGAUGAACAAUUAAUGGUUAUUUAUUGAAAUCAAAACACAGCUGCUGAAAUGCAAAAGGUUUUGUGAGAAAAGUCAAAUUUUACUUUCAUAAUUAAAAGCAACUUUCUUAGAAAAGUAGAAAAUAAACAACUUGCAGUUCUUGCUAACAAAAUAAAUACAAAAUACAGUUUCUUCCACCUCAUGAAAACAGUCACAUUUUAGUUUUAAAGUAAAUUAAAAGUUCCUUCAAAUAGUAGAAACUAAAUUUAAAAAAAAAAAAAAAAAAAUAGAAAAUGGCUUGAAUCUUUUGCAAACAAAACAGCCAUGUCAAACUACAAAACGCUGCACCUCACUAAACAAAUAAUAUUUCAACUAAUAUUAUUACUAUAUUAUCAAUAUUAGUUUUAAACUUGUGAAAAGUAGAAAAUAACUGACAUCUCUUUAAAAAAAAAAGUUUACAUUGUAGUUUUAAAAUAACAGGCAAGUUCCAUAAACAUAUAAAAAUCAAUACCGUAUUUCCCCAAUUAAUCGACGAUUAAACGCCGGGUGUUUAAUACGCAAAAUCACCUCGG